UCGGCAUCUCGCCAAAAUUAUAUAUAGAUAAUCGCGUUCUAUUUCCCAAACAGACUUCACUCGUGAACUUCACUCGGUGAGGAAUUCUUCUCCCAGCCCUCCAGCUCGGAUUCCAUUCUGUACAAAGCAGUGAAACCAACCCGGAAACAAAGGAAAACGGCAAGAUGAGUUUGAGGAAGGAGUGCAAACAGGCCAUUUUGGACGCUCUCAAGAAGGACGGCAUGCCCCCAAUCAUUGACAAAACAUACGACAGUAUUUGGAGUGCCUUCGCCAAGACGCAGCCAUCGGCCCUUAGCUCACAAGCCAGUUCCACUGGACAAUUAGUGGACUCUGAUGUCUGGGGAAACCUCCAAAAGUGCCUCGAGAAAUUUGGUGUGGACAACAAAUACGCCACCAGAGUGAUCACUGCCAUGAAGAAGAAGUUUGGGGAGAGUCCUAGCCAGGCCGACAUCAAGGCCAUGAUGACAUAAAUAUGGUCCCUAUUUUACACCGUGUUCCAGUAAUCAACAAAAUUAUAAUUAACUCGACGAAAUGUUAGUUUACGAAAAGUGGUGUAAUUGAUUAACUUAAAUUUAAAAUUGGUUUGGUGAAGAUUGUAAAAUUUUGAUUGAUUCUUAUAUUUCCGUUCCAACUGCAGUUAUAGUUGUACAAACACCAUCAGUAUGUGUUCUGAAGUGUUUGCCAAACGUAUCGAUUGGGUGACUUUGGCUGAGAGAGGAGAUGAUGGUGAAAGGUCUCGUUAACUCCAACUUUUGCUAUUUUGUUUGAGUUUUGCUACUGCCACAAACCAAGUCCAAUUUUGUUGUAGGUAAAUUCCACGCAAAAUGCAUACUUUUGAAUUAGGCGUGCAAUGCGUCUCUACGUCCUUGGUAGUGAUUCGAAUUAUAUUAUCAAAUAUUUUUCAUUAUCAUUUCAUGCUCGACUAUUAUGAAAAAAUUAGGUGAACAACAACGAAGAUAAUAAACAACACGAAAUAUCGUAAACUAUAA